AAAAAAAAAGAGGGAAAUUAAUUUUAAAAUAUCGAAAAUGGAGUUCACCUGCAAGGACUUCAAGGUGGGGAAAUGCGAGGGGGAGAAGCUGGUGCACGGAGAAACCAUGCCUCUAGUGCUCCAGCCCCCGGGCCCAUGGACAGAUGUCGAGUCGUUGUUGGUUAGCAUCGAGAGGAACAAGGAGUGGUUCGAGGAUAUGAUCGUCAAGAACAGCGCGGUUCUCAUCAGGGGGUUCGACGUAAGUAACGCGGUCGAGUUCAAUGACAUCGUCGAGGCCUUUGGAUGGGAGGACAUACGCUACGUGGGGCCCGCGCCACGAACCCACAUACACAAGCGUGUCUGGACGGCCAACGAGGGGCCUCUCUCCGAGUUCAUAUACUACCAUCACGAGAUGGUCUUGAUAAAGGAAUUUCCGAAGAAGGUGAUACUAUUCUGCGAGGUGGCUCCACCGGAAGGUGGGGAAACGCCGUUUGUGCCGAGUUUUCGUGUGACGGAGAGAAUGAUGGAGGAGUUCCCGGAGUUUGUGGAGGAGCUGGACAAGAAAGGGCUGAGAUACACCUUCACCGCCCUAAGCAAGGACGACACUUCUUCCAUGAGAGGCCGAGGUUGGGAAGACGCCUUCGGAACAUCCGAUCGUGCAGAAGCAGAGAAAAGGGCAAAAGCACUAGGAAUGGACGUAGAAUGGCUACCAAAUAACGGCGGGGUGAAGACAAUAUUGGGACCAAGGAAUCUGACACGUGUAUUCGAAGGGAGAAAAGGGAGGAGAAUGUGGUUCAACACUUUGGUAGGUAUGCAUGGCAAGGAGCUGAGCUCCGCCACAAUGGCCGACGGAACUGAAAUUCCGGCGAACAUUGUAAGGAGAUGUGAAGAGAUAAUAGAAGAUGAGAGCAUUCAAUUCAAGUGGCAGAAGGGUGACGUUCUGUUUCUUGACAAUUAUGCCCUUCUCCAUGGGAGGAGGCCUUCUCUUCCACCUAGAAAGGUCUUGGUUGCUACUUGUAAAUAAUCGAAAAAUUAGUGGCCUUUUAUUAUAUAUCAAGAAUGAGCAGCUAUACUAAAUAAGCUCUUCUUUGGCACUACUAAGCUUUUGUUUUGGAAUGUAAUGAAUAAAUAGCCAACUUUUGUGGU